UUUUUUUUAUUUUAAUUGGCGUUGAAGCAAAAUUAAUUACAAAACCAGAGCAUUUGAUUUUUAAAAAAAACCCUUAAAAGCAAAGCAGCUGCCAUAACAUUGGCAGGAUGAAUGGGACGGAAGGUAUCAAUUUUUACGUGCCUAUGUCCAACAAGACAGGGGUGGUGCGAAGCCCCUUCGAGUACCCUCAGUACUACCUAGCCGAGCCCUGGAAAUACCGCGUCGUGUGUUGCUACAUCUUCUUCCUCAUCUCCACCGGUUUGCCCAUCAACCUCCUCACCCUCCUGGUCACCUUCAAACACAAGAAGCUCCGGCAGCCGCUCAACUACAUCUUGGUCAACUUGGCGGUGGCUGACCUCUUCAUGGCCUGUUUUGGCUUCACAGUCACCUUCUACACUGCCUGGAAUGGCUACUUCGUCUUCGGCCCUGUCGGCUGUGCCGUGGAGGGCUUCUUUGCCACGCUAGGAGGCCAAGUCGCCCUGUGGUCCCUGGUCGUCUUGGCCAUAGAGCGCUACAUCGUCGUCUGCAAACCCAUGGGAAAUUUCCGCUUCUCUGCAACCCAUGCCAUGAUGGGCAUCGCUUUUACCUGGAUAAUGGCCUUUUCCUGUGCCGCUCCACCCCUCUUUGGCUGGUCCAGAUACAUGCCGGAGGGGAUGCAGUGUUCCUGCGGCCCCGACUACUACACCCACAACCCUGACUACCACAACGAGUCCUACGUACUCUACAUGUUUGUCAUCCACUUCAUCAUCCCGGUCGUGGUCAUUUUCUUCUCCUAUGGGCGACUCAUUUGCAAAGUCCGAGAGGCAGCUGCCCAGCAGCAGGAGUCGGCCACGACCCAGAAGGCCGAGAAGGAGGUGACGCGGAUGGUGAUCCUCAUGGUGCUGGGGUUCAUGCUGGCCUGGACGCCCUACGCCGUGGUGGCAUUCUGGAUCUUCACCAACAAGGGAGCGGAUUUCACCGCCACGCUCAUGUCAGUGCCUGCCUUCUUCUCCAAGAGCUCCUCCCUGUACAACCCCAUCAUCUACGUCCUCAUGAACAAACAGUUCCGUAAUUGCAUGAUCACCACAAUCUGCUGUGGCAAGAACCCCUUUGGAGAUGAAGACGCCUCCUCUGCCGUAUCCCAGAGCAAGACCGAGGUCUCAUCCGUCUCCUCCAGCCAAGUGUCACCUGCAUAGACCAUGGACAGUUUGAACUGGCAUGACCUGCCGAGCUCGGGGACCAAGACAGACACCCACACACCCACAGUCUCAUUUCACGCAGUCACUCCCUUGUGCACCGACACCUCCCCCUGC